CAAAGCGAAUGACGUGAAAUACAUAAAAAAUACAUAAGAAAUUCGUGGAGGAGCAUCAAAAUGUUGGGCAAAACUAAUUUCAGAUAAUAAUUUAAAGGUCCCCCACAAGACACAAUCAAGAUGACUUACCUUCUAUUUCAACAGAUGGUUACUUUUGCUGCUUAGUAUAGCUUUUGAUAUGAUCAUCCAAAGCAAAUGGGUGUUGUAAAACCUUCAAUUUCAAUUUUGAUUGGGACUGCCAAUUAAAGCUUUGAAACACAAAGCGAAUCAGUAGCAUACCAAAUUUUCAGCCAAUUCAAGAAUCGAUUUUAUAAGACCUAAUUCUCAUCGAUCCAAAUACCAAAAAGUCAAAGAAUCGAUUUUAAGACGUAAUCAUUCCUUCUUCUCCCUGAAAACAAAAUGCAAUGUACUGAUAUGUACAGAUCCAUAUGAUGCAGCUCCAUGCUUGUCAAGCUGCGAAAAUAGGAAGAAGUAAGAACUCUUUGAGUUACGUGUCAAUGGGCGAAGCCUUUCUCUUGGUCACAGCUUCAUCUGAAGACCACAAAUGUUUCAACACGUGCCACAUGUCCAAUUCUAUCUCGGCCGACCAUUUUUUUAUGCAAAAUUUGUCAAAGUUUUAGCUCACCCACCUUAUCUGUACACAUGUUGUGAACUUAAAUUUUUCUGCCCCACAACAAAAACUCACUUUUCUUCUUCUUUAAUUGUAGCAUGCAUGCAGUCGUAUAAAAGAUGGCCAUUCCUUUUUGAGCAAGGUCUUGUUUCUUGAAUGAUAUUUACACUUGCCACUGGAACUCUCCAUGGCUAAUUCUUGUUUCCGUUGCACUUGGGCCUUGUUUUUAUUCGUUAUGGUUAGGUUCUCGGGCUGCAUUUCUGGCCAAAUUGGUUUGGGUUCAAGACUGUUGGCUAGUGGUCAAGGACGGCCUUGGGUUUCGGAUAAUGGAACCUUUGCUUUCGGUUUCACUAGAUCAGACACUCGUGAUCGUUUUCUGCUUGGAAUUUGGUUUGCUGAGCUUCCUGGAGAUAGAACUGUAGUCUGGUCAGCUAAUAGAAACUCUCCCGUCACCGAAAAUGCAACCGCGGAGCUGGACACAACUGGAAAUCUCAUACUUAUGGAUGGGGACGCCACCGUUUGGACGUCAAACACAUCAGGAACCGGUGUCAAAUUUGCAGUCAUGUCAGAAUCAGGCAAUUUCAUCCUUUAUACAGCCAACAACCGCCCCGAAUGGCAAAGUUUUGCACACCCAUCUGAUACACUUCUCCCUAACCAGGCCUUGACAGUUUCACUAGAAUUAACAUCAUCAGAGUCACCUUCGCAUGGGGGCUAUUAUGCUCUCAAAAUGCUUCAACAGCCUACUUCACUAACCCUUGCCUUAACGUACAACUUGCCUGACUCAUUUGAUGCUUCUCCUGAAGGUUAUACUAACUACUCCUAUUGGGCUGCACCUGAUAUAUCCAAUGUUACUGGGGAUGUUGUUGCAAUAUUAGAUGAAGCAGGGAGCUUUGGAAUAGUCUAUGGCGAGUCAUCAAAUGGAGCAGUUUAUGUGCAUAGAAAUGAUGGAGAUUACAACGGGUUAUCUUCAGCUACAAAUCAAUCAAAUUUACGAUUGUCAGUCCUCCGGAGAUUGAUAAUUGAGACUAAUGGCAAUUUACGUUUGUAUAGAUGGGAUAAUGAUGUUAAUGGAUCGCGCCAAUGGGUGCCUGAAUGGGCGGCAGUGUCAAACCCUUGUGAUAUUGCUGGAAUAUGUGGUAAUGGGAUAUGUAAUUUGGACGGAAGCAAGACAAAUGUUUCUUGUACAUGCUUACCUGGUACAUCUAAGGUAGGUGGUACCAGUGAAAGUUAUUGCUCCCAGAAUUCAUCUUUGACCGGAAAAUGUGAUUCUAAGAACAGAAAUCAGACUUCAGAUUUUAAGAUUGCUACAGUACAACAAACCAAUUACUAUUUCUCUUAUUUUUCCGUGAUAGCAAAUUACAGUGAUAUUGCCACCAUCUCAAACUGUGGGGAUGCAUGUUUAUCAGAUUGUGAUUGUGUUGCAUCUGUUUCUGGGUUAGAUGACGAGAAGCCUUAUUGCUGGAUUCUGAAGAGCCUGGACUACGGCGGAUUUGAGGAUCCUGGCUCCACCCUGUUUGUGAAGGUCAGGUCGAAUGUGUCAUUGGAACCAGGUGGUCGUCCGCCAAGAGGGUCUGCUGAUUCUUCGGAAGGUUCUGGUAGUGGUCGUGAGAAGAUUUUGGUACUUCCUAUUGUACUAAGCAUGAGUGUCCUUAUUGGGCUACUUUGUCUAUUACUGUAUUACAAUGUUCAUAGACAAAGAUAUCUAAAGAAAUCUAUUGAAAGUUCUUUGAUUUUGGAGGGAGCUCCCCAGAAUUUCAGCUACCGCGAUUUGCAACUUCGCACCAGUAAUUUUUCUCAGCUGCUUGGAACAGGAGGAUUUGGAAGUGUAUACAAGGGAAGCCUUUCUAAUGGAACAUUGGUUGCUGUGAAGAAACUUGACCGUGUUUUGCCUCAUGGCGAGAAGGAGUUUAUAACUGAAGUAAAUACAAUUGGCUCCAUGCAUCACAUGAACUUGGUUCGCCUGUGCGGGUACUGCUCUGAGGGUUCACACCGUCUUCUGGUGUACGAGUUUAUGAAAAAUGGCUCCCUAGACAGGUGGAUCUUUCCUUCCUAUCAGUGCCGGGAUACAUUACUGGAUUGGCCAACUCGCUUCAAUAUUGCUGUUGCAACUGCACAAGGAAUUGCAUACUUUCAUGAGCAAUGUAGAAAUCGAAUAAUACACUGUGACAUUAAGCCAGAAAAUAUACUGUUAGAUGAGAACUUCUGCCCCAAACUAUCAGAUUUUGGACUUGCCAAGUUAAUGGGAAGAGAGCACUCACAUGUUGUCACUAUGGUGAGAGGAACUAGAGGGUAUUUGGCACCAGAAUGGGUUAGCAAUCGUCCUAUAACUGUAAAGGCUGAUGUCUACAGUUAUGGAAUGCUCCUUUUGGAGAUUCUUGGCGGCCGAAGAAACCUUGACAUGACUUUUGAUGCUGAGGACUUCUUUUAUCCUGGAUGGGCGUUUAAGGAGAUGGCAAAUGGCACACCUAUUAAAGUUGCAGAUAGGAGACUAGGAGGUGCAGUAGAUGAAGAAGAGCUGACGAGGGCAUUGAAAGUUGCCUUUUGGUGCAUUCAAGAUGAGGUCUUCAUGAGACCUUCAAUGGGAGAAGUGGUGAAAAUGCUAGAAGGAUCAAUGGAUAUCAACGCCCCACCAAUGCCUCAGACAGUUUUGGAAUUGGUUGAGGAAGGCUUGGAACAGGUAUACAAGGCAAUGAAAAGAGAUUUCAAUCAAUUCAGCUCCUGUACUUUCACCACUCAUCCAUCAUCUCAGGCGACCUACAGCCAUUCCACAAUGUCACCCAGAUGAUCUAGGUAAAACCAGAGCCAAAUUUGGUGCGGAUCAUGUAAUCACAGCCUUUGGAUGCGUAAAGCAGCUGUGUAAACGUUGGUCAAUGUUCUAGUUUUAUUAAUUACAAUCACUAAAUGAUUGUCACCAUUCUAUUCAUUGCUUCUUCCGUAGCAAGAAAGAAAACAGAAAAGGAAAUUGAUUGUUUCUGCGUUAUUUUUUUCACAAUUACGUCUCUUA